GCCAUCUUGAAUAAAAUCUCUCGGUGGCAUAAAGUGUAUUUCCAAAUAAAAAUUUUCAUGAAAAUAAAUGGUCGCUUCAAAAAUUUAAACAAUUUAUAAAAACUACAUCAAUUUAUAAAUCACGUUUCUUAUAGACUUUAUCCAUUUUAAGUUACUUCAAAAUUUAAAAAGAUCAUUUAUAAAACAAAUCAGCUGUUAUACGUCAAUUGAGAUCGAUGUCAACAAAAUUAUAUAAUUUUGUUUAGAAAAACAGUGCAGUCUCCUUUUUUGAGUGUCAUUUUGAAAUUGGCAAACAUGCAGAUUCACUCAAAUGUUUUCUUGGACAAAUUGAUAAAGUAGAUGUGUUCAAAAAAGGCUCACAACAUUGGCUACUUAUUUGUGGAUUUUUGUAUAAUGUAGUCCAAAAUAAUUCUAGUUAUGGAUCAAAACAAUAUAAUAGAGUGCGGUGGUUUUUAUUUUAUACAUAAUUUUGACUCGGGGAACCUCGGACAUGUAGAGAGAGUGCCCACAGAACUGAUUGUUCCUAGUGUGGUGAACCAAAAGGCGAAUACGAUAGAGACCCCGGACUAUGAGUUCAAUCUGUGGACGCGGCCAGACUGUGCGGGCACAGAGUUUGAGAAUGGGAAUCGGACCUGGUUCUACUUCGGGAUUCAGGCCAGUGAGCCUAAUGUACUGGUGCGGCUGAACCUGAUCAACCUGAACAAACAGGGCAAGAUGUACAACCAGGGCAUGGCUCCGGUGACGCGCACGCUGCCUGGCAAGCCUCAGUGGGAGCGGAUUCGCGAUCGCCCUGUCCACUCGACGGACGACAACACGUUUACACUGACGUUCAAAUACCGGACGUCGGACAACGUGAAGGCGACCACGUUCUUUGCGUUCACGUACCCGUUCUCGUUCGCGGAGCUCCAGAUCGCGCUCAACUCCAUCGACAUGAAGAUGUUGCCGCUGCCGCCGCCGCAGUCGCCCGACGACAUCUACUAUUACCGGGAGUGUCUCAUCUACUCGCUUGAAGGACGGCGGGUAGAUCUGCUAACAAUAACGUCACACCACGGGCUGACGUCGGAGCGAGAGGAGAGGCUCAAGCACUUGUUCCCUGAGAAUCAGGACAGACCGUUCAAGUUCAACAACAAGAAGGUGAUAUUCAUAUCAGCGCGCGUCCACCCAGGCGAAACACCCUCAAGCUUCGUAUUCAACGGAUUCCUGAACCUUCUGCUGAACCGACAUGACCCCAUCGCGAUACAGCUACGGAAGCAUUACGUGUUCAAGAUGAUCCCCUUUUUGAACCCCGACGGGGUGGCCAGGGGUCACUACCGGACGGACACCCGGGGGGUCAAUCUGAACAGGGUUUACUUGAAUCCGUCGCUAACCUUGCAUCCGACUGUAUAUGCGUCGAGGGCGUUGAUCAGAUUCUACCACUACGGCUGUGAAAAAGAAGAUAUAUAUGAGGAUAGCAAAAGUUUUACCUCGCGCAGUAUUCAGAACAUCAGCGAAAGUGUAGAGUUGUUAGACGGUAAGAAGAAGAAAAGCGCCCAAGCGAGCACGACGUCGUACAAGGCGGGUGACUACCACAAGCGCUUGCUCAAGUCAGCCAGCGGGAACAAAUCCUCCACCACAUUGAAACAACCUUCCGACAUGAAGCGGGACUCUUCACGCAACAACCCCGACCUAGCCGACCAGGUAUGCGACAUGAGCUUGCGCGAAAUGCCCUCACAAACCAGUGACUCGUCAUCAAAGCAGUCGACCACCAACCUGGAGUCCCCAUCACUCCUCAACGAGCAGGUGCUCAAGACCUGCCUCGGCUCCAGCGUGCAUCUCAGCACCAGCGAGGAGCUCACCACCCAGCAGGUGGCGGGCAACAACCCACUGCGGCCGCUGCGGGACGCGCUCAAGAACAGCAUCAGUCUGCUCAUGGAGUCCAACUCCUCGGUCACGGGGGACAGUGCGAUGUCAGGUAAGGACUCCCGGCUGACCAACGUGAAGAUGGGCUGGUGCCGCGACUGCCGUGCCGCCGUCUCCAAGCUGGAAGACACCAUGCCCGGAAUCACUGGCAUGGUGCCGGGGUAUUCCAACUAUUCUCAAGCGGAACUUGAACGCGAGGCGAAGGAGCGGGAUGACAGCGUGUACUUCUGCACCAACUGCUUCAAGCGGUACAUGAUCUCUGAUAACAACGAGGAGAUUGUGCUGACGAUGCAGGUGUGCGACACGGUGUCAGUGGCCAGCGUGGCCGUGUCCGCCGGCGACAGCGGCUCCAUCCGCGCCGACAGCCCGCCCGGCGCCCACCCGCACACCACCGGGGACACGCUGCCGCCCCCACCGCCGCCCAAAGAAGAGAAGAAGCCUGCGCCCCGCAGCUUCCGCAAGAAGCCGGCAAACAAGCCCCCGCCGCCGCCACCGCCACCCAAGGAGCCCGAAUCGGGGCUUUACCUCUACAUUGAUCUGCAUGGACAUGCUUCGAAGAAAGGUAUCUUCAUGUAUGGCAACCACUUUGAUGAGCUGGAGUCGUGCGUGGAGUGCAUGCUGCUCCCGCGCAUCAUGUCGCUCAACAACCUUCACUUCCACUUCUCCUCGUGCAACUUCACUGAGAGGAACAUGUACCUCAAAGACCGCCGCGACGGCAUGUCCCGCGAAGGCUCUGGCCGCGUGGCGGUAUACAAAGCAACCGGGCUGGUCCGCUCGUACACCCUGGAAUGCAACUACAACACGGGCCGGCUGGUCAACGUGCUCCCGCCGACGGUCCGCGACGGCCCCGGCAGUGCUUCCUCGACCAAUGGCGCGGUCCCGCCCAAGUACACGCCUCACAUCUUCGAAGAGGUAAACCCCUUCCAGGUGGGUCGUUCCCUGGGCGCGUCCAUCCUGGACCUCACGGGGCAGCACCCCAACUCGCGUAUCCCGUGCUCCGAGCACCGCAACCUGGCCGCCGUGAGGGACUGGCUGCGUGCGCAUACGAAGACCAUGCGGCCGCAGCUGAACAUGCCGCGGCUGCGGCCCAAGACGGCGUCCCCGCCGCGCGUGCCGCUGUACGCGCGCUCCAAGCAGAAGGUGACGGACGAGCGCAAGGAGAACGCGUACGCGGCCGCGCGAGAGCCCGGGCCCGCGCGGCCCGCCGGGCUGGCGCCGCGGCCCGGCCUCGACCUGGUCAACGCCAACCUGCGCCUCGCCAAGCGCAGCGAGCCCGCCAAGGCGCCCGAGCGCGCCAAGUACCUCGCCGACCCCGAGCCCAAGCCCAAGACGCUCGCCACCAAGCGCCGCAACAUCCUCGGCAUCCGCAAGCCCAACGCGAGCAAGACGCAGGUGGGCGCGUCCAAGGCGAAGCUCAACCGGCGUUCCGCCGACGACACGGAGAGCCCGCGGGCGUCGCUGGCCUCCAAGCUGGGCAAGCGCAGCUACGGCCGCGCCGGCCGCGGGCGGCCCGCGCCGCCGCGCUGCCGCGCCAUGGCGUCGUCGUCGUCCGACGACAUGCUGAGCGCCGGCGGCUGGGAGGACGUGGCGGGCGGCACGGCGCUGGGCGCGGGCCGGCGCCGCGCCGCCUCGGGCCCGGCGCCCGCGCACCUCAAGAAGAUCCGCCUCAAGAGCGGCCUGUAGCGCC